UUGUAUUAAAAAUGAUAGUAAUGAGAACGUCUGGCUCAAGAUUACAUGGUCAAAGAAAUCAUAGCAGUUUCAAGAACUGAUGAUAAUGAUGUGACCAAGGUCAUUUCAAGGCUUUUAUUCCAUCUGACUGAAAUAUAUCAACCCAAAUUGACAAUUUUGAAACAUCAUAUUUUUAAAAAAGAAAGUUUGUGGGAUGUUCUGGGUGACUAUCCAAAUUUUUCAACAUGUGAAUGAUUAUCUCUUCCUUUGCUGAUUUCACCUCUUAAUAAUGAAGAUAGAUAGGCAACAGGAACUUCAGAAUUUCCUCAGGUAAAGGAGAGAAGGGAAGGAAACCUGG